AUGUGUAGAGAUUUAUAUAUCGUAACUCCUAAUCAUUUUAUUCUUAAUACUAUUUAUUAUACUACUUAUAAUACCACUACUAACACUACUACUACUACUACUACUACUACUACUAAUGCUACUACUACUACUACUAAUACUACUAAUACUGCUACUACUACUGUUGGUACUACUGAUACUACUGCUACUAAUGCUACUACUACUACUAAUAGUACUAAUGCUGCUACUACUACUGUUAGUACUACUGAUGCUACUACUAAUGCUACUACUACUACUACUACUACUACUAACAAUAAUAAUAAUAAUACUAAUGCUACUACUACUACUGCUAAUACUACUGAUACUACUACUACUACUACUACUGCUACUACUACUAAUACUACUACUACUACUGCUACUAUUUCUAUUACCUACUAA